AUGCUUUUGAAGCACUCUUCCUCAAUUCCUUUUGCGACACUUUCCAUGAUUCCAAUUCCAACAAAUCUUUCACUUAUGGAAAGGUCUCAACUAGAUCGACAUACUAUUGAUGUUGAUGCCCCACCUACUAUUGAUGUUGAUGUUGAUCGUGAUGUUGAUGAAGGAGAUGAUAAAGAAGUUGCAAAUAAUAAGGGUGGUGGUCAUAAUGUAUCUUGGAUAUGGCAACAUUUUGGUCGAGAGGGCAUAAAGAAGGGAGCUUAG